CUGGACUGAGAGCCCAAAAUCUUAUCUUAUCGCAUCUCUCCAUCUCCGAUCUCGCUUCUCCAAGCGAUUGGCCAUUGGGGCUCCUGACCAGGGCACGUGCCCCGAGUCAGGGGUUCUCCUAAACUCCUAACUCCACAACAAAAUCGGAACGCAGCCGAGCUCCCUCACCCUUCGGCAGAUUCCAUGACGAACGCUUGGACUUUCUCCAGUCGCGCAUUCGCGAUAGUAGCUGGACGCCAUUGAAUCGUUGAAAUCUUUGCCGUGAAGCUUCACUUUUCGGCUUUCUUGUCGAGAUUGUUGGUUAGCAAAGGUAUCCUGCUUUCAUUCAGGCCAAUAGACUACCACGUUUAUAUUCUCCUCCCUUCUUCUCUCCUCCAUCCGAGUCCUUGACCGCUGGUUGUUCUCGGCGUAUCUCUAGAUCGCAUAUCACAUAGACAGGCCAUCAAGACAUCCAGCCAUCAUGUCGACCGAGAAGCCAUUGCCAUUCAUAUACCAGUUCGCCGCCGGUGCGGUUGCUGGUGUUUCUGAGAUUCUUGUUAUGUACCCGCUCGAUGUGGUCAAAACAAGAGUUCAGAUACAAACGGGGAAAGAAGUCGGAGAAGAAGCAUACAGUGGCAUGGUAGACUGCUUCAGGAAGAUCAUCAGGAAUGAGGGGUUUUCGAGAUUAUAUCGAGGCAUUUCCGCUCCGAUUAUGAUGGAAGCACCCAAGCGUGCUACCAAAUUCGCCGCGAACGACGAAUGGGGCAAAGUCUGGCGAAAGGUGUUCGGAAUGCCGCAGAUGAACCAAUCCCUCUCUAUACUUACUGGUGCUUCAGCCGGUGCGACCGAGUCGUUCGUCGUCGUUCCAUUCGAACUCGUCAAGAUCCGCCUCCAAGACAAGGCCCAGGCGGCCAAAUACAACGGCAUGAUAGAUUGCGUACGAAAGAUCAUCGCCCAAGAAGGAGUGUUGACCCUCUACCAAGGCCUGGAGAGCACCAUGUGGAGACACGUUCUAUGGAAUUCAGGAUACUUCGGCUGUAUCUUCCAAGUUCGGGCCUUGAUGCCGCAGUCGAAGGAUAAGGGCAAGCAGAUGAUCAAUGACCUGAUCUCCGGUUCCAUUGGCGGUACGGUCGGCACCAUGUUGAAUACCCCGAUGGACGUCGUGAAGUCGCGGAUCCAGAAUACACCCAAGGUUCCGGGCGGUGUGAUGAAGUACAACUGGGCCUGGCCAUCGCUCGGCGUCGUCAUGCGUGAGGAGGGUUUCAGUGCACUCUACAAAGGAUUCCUUCCCAAGGUCCUUCGACUUGGUCCUGGAGGAGGGAUCUUGCUUGUGGUCUUCACCGGCGUCAUGGACUUCUUCAGAAAGACUCGCGCGGAGUAGGGUGGAUUUUCUUUGGCAUUUGAAUAGAGCACGGCUUGGCGACAUCAUCGGUGUUCAGCAUUCUGUCUGUUUGUGUAGAUAGACGGCAAAAG